AUGCUCGCGGAGCACGGAGGGAUGCAGCGGCGGGGUGGAUGGAGGAGAAGGAGGAGGUGAAGGACUGGAAGUAGGGGACACGAUGAACGGUUUUAUUGACACUACGGACGCGGACGAAAGCCCGUCCGUCACCUUGUCAAGCCUGGACGGUUUUAGUCGUUUAAGAUUAGGACGUUUGGCAGGAAAUACGACGCGGGCCUGCGCUUGUGUUGACAGCCGCCUGUCAUAACCUGCGGUCUGUGACACUGGGGGUCGCCUGGAUUAAGUGCGGGAUUGUUCGUCCUCAUAGGCGGCUUUAAGACCGGUUCAUUGUGUGUGACAUUGUUAUGUGUGAUGCGCUGUGACAGUGGCCAAACGUUGGCUUCACCAUGGUCGUAAUUGUCACCGGAGCAUCACCGGCGGAUUCUCCUGCUGCAGACUAGAUGCCGCGCUGAUAACGACAUUCCAAACUUACCCCCAAACCCGCCGUCGCUCCGUGUCAACAUGGAGAAACUGUCACUUGUGUUUACAUGGACGUUCUUGUGUUUGCUGAGCUCGAGUCAAUCCGCUCCGGACGCCUCAGGCCCGCCAUUAGCCAUCCGCGUUCCUCUGCGGCAAGACGCGCGCGCAGAAAAACCGCUCCUGUCUCCUGCCGCGCUCGCGGGAAGCGAACGCGUGGGGAAGGUGCGCAGACGGAGGGGAGCAGCAGCGGGCCGCAUCAGCUUCGUGGACAUGAUCGAUAACCUACGUGGGAAGUCCGGGCAAGGAUACUACGUGGAGAUGGCUGUGGGCUUCCCGCCGCAGAAGCUCAACAUCCUGGUUGACACUGGAAGCAGUAACUUUGCAGUUGGAGCCGCGUCUCAUCCCUUUCUGCGCAGAUAUUACCACCGCUCCCUCUCCACCUCUUACAGAGACCUUGGCAAGAGUGUGUAUGUUCCGUACACUCAGGGUCGAUGGGAAGGAGAGCUGGGUACAGACCUGGUUUCAGUUCCACACGGGCCUAACGCCACGCUGAGAGCCAACAUCGCUUCUAUCAUCCAGUCAGAUCGAUUCUUUAUCAAUGGCUCUAACUGGGAGGGAAUCCUUGGACUGGCAUAUGCAGAUAUUGCUCGGCCCGAUGAGUCAUUGGAGCCUUUCUUCGAUUCUCUGGUUCGUCAGACAUCCGUCCCCAAUCUCUUCUCCCUCCAGUUGUGUGGUGCUGGGUUCACCCAAAAUUACUCGCUGGGCAGCUCCACAGUUGGUGGCAGCAUGAUCAUUGGAGGAGUGGACCCGUCGCUGUAUGUGGGGGAGCUGUGGUACACCCCCAUCCGCAGAGAGUGGUACUAUGAGGUCAUCAUCGUGCGGAUCGAGGUGAAUGGACAGGACCUUAACAUGGACUGUAAAGAGUACAACUAUGAUAAAAGCAUAGUGGACAGUGGAACCACCAAUCUGCGACUGCCGAGAAAAGUGUUUCAGGCUGCAGUCAAAGCCAUCGAGGCUGCUUCCUCAACCGAACAGUUUCCCUCUGGGUUCUGGCUCGGGGAACAGCUGGUUUGCUGGCAGGCGGGCACGACGCCCUGGCACAUCUUCCCAGUCAUCUCUCUCUACUUGAUGAGUGAAAAUCGUAACCAGUCUUUCAGAAUCUCCAUCCUGCCCCAGCAAUACCUGCGUCCAGUGGAAGAUGUAGCCUCCGCACAGGAAGACUGCUACAAGUUUGCUGUGUCUCAGUCGAGCACCGGAACUGUGAUGGGGGCUGUAAUCAUGGAGGGCUUCUAUGUGGUCUUUGACCGCGAGAAGAAGCGGAUCGGCUUUGCUGUCAGCACGUGUCAUGUCCAUGAUAAGUUUCGCACAGCAUCUGUGGAGGGUCCGUUCCAUGGCGUGGACUUGGAAGACUGUGGCUACAACAUACCCCAGACGGACGAGUCCACUCUGAUGACCAUAGCCUACAUCAUGGCGGGGAUCUGUGCCCUCUUCAUGCUGCCGCUGUGCCUCAUGGUUUGUCAGUGGCGCUUUGCACGCUGCCUUCACCCACUACGAGACUUCGACGAUGACAUAUCACUACUCAAGUGACCAAACCAACCGUGGUCACAAGGAUCUACACCUGAACUUCAGGACCAUUAAACACAGGCUUGAUGAUGAAAUGCGGUGGUGCUUUAAAGAAUGUUAUGAAAAAGAACCGAACGCAUAGGAUAAAGACGGGAGAUCAUUGACUCUCGAUGAGGAUUGCGGGAGCCGAUAUAAAAGAGUGUCAGUUGCAGCUCUUCCUCUUUGCUGCAGGUGCAGACCAGCAUUCCUGAGGAGAGCAGUUGUGCUUAUGAAAUAAUGUACAUAAACCACAAAGAUGUCUUUAAACUUUUCCCUGCUCAACACAGAGUAACUAACCGAUCAAUUGGAUGUUCAGUAUAAGACAGUAAUCAUCCAGGAUGUUUGUGGUUCGAUUAUGAUGUGAAGGUUCACAGGUCUGUUGCUUGUGAGUGAAUGAGGUACAUUUUAUUGUGCAAGCAUGCCAGUUUCUGUAUAGCUGUACUGUAAGUAAAGAGAGCUGGAAGAUAAACUGAAAUAUAAGGGAUUUUACUUAACAUAUAUAGCGAUAGAUUAUUUUACAAAUACCACCAAAGACUUCAAGCAAUGCAAUUCAAACACACAUGAAGCGCUGCGUACUGACACUGAAAGUCACUGGUCAUUUUUUCCCCAUCAAUUUUACAGGAUCCAUGAUCGCACACAUGGCAAAUAUGUUGCUCAGUCAUCCAUGACUAACACGUCAUGGACGUCACACUUAAACAAAUCUUAUAGGGCUUCUCACAAAGGCACUGACACACUAUAAAGCCAUGUUUUUAUGCAUUUAUGCUUGGACGAGGACACCAGCCUGGAUUAUGAUUUCCUCUGAAGACACAAUGUACAAUGGAAGAGUUCGACUUGCGACCGAGUGAGCUGUAAAUAUGAAAACUGUAUAUUUAUCUGUCAGAUGUUGGCAGUAUUGUUCAUCAAAUAAACUACUUGUCUUAACUGUUACACAUAAAUGGAUUCCUUCUUUCA